AUGGCUCUAGAAGCCUCGGUCCCCAGACUUGCUCUCGAGAACGACGUCCACGUAGAUAUCACGCUCGGUGUGCUGGGCGAGUUCGAUGCAGGACCGAGUGCGUCCACUAAGGACAUAGCCGCGAAGGCCGGGAUCAGGAUUCAGGAUUUGCGCAAGAGGAUACGAGCCGAGAUCUACGCGCGCCUCGCAGAGCUUCGCCCCGCCAUGCGCAAACUAGACGACCGGUUCAUCCCCUCCCCAACCAAGCCAAUUCAGGCGCCCAUGAUGAACCACGGCUACGCUCUGACCUCCGACCAAAUGCUCUACUGCGCCGAAAAGUUCGGGGUCGCCCCGUCGCGUGAUGUAUACCGAGAUGGCGUGCCGGUCGGUACAACCAGCAAGUACAACUCGGGCCAUCUAGGCCUCGUGCAAACCUGCAUGCGCAGCUAUCUCGAAUGUGGAGGGAACGUCCUAAGCCGCUCUAUAUCUGUCGAAGAGGCUUUCCACCCCGAACGCCGGCACUUGUUCAUUCUGUUCUCGAACUACGACGUGGUGUUCAAACGCGAGCGCGCGAGGCGUUUCAGGCUUGAAGGCAUCAAGGCGAUUGUGGAGGAGAUGAAGAGAGGAUUUGAGGGGUAUGAGAGGAGGGUUCCAAGGGUUGGGUGGCAUUGGGAUGGUGAGAGGUGCGGGUAUGGGUAUUCGGCGCCGUGGGACGAGUACAACUUGUGGCCUGCCGAGGGGAACAGCCACUGGAGAAGGAAGUUCAACGAUGCACCUGCAAAGGAGCUCGAAUCACGUUCGCCCGCGUUGGGCUGA